AUGUCACUGAAUAAUCUCGGAAUUUUGCUUCGUGCGCGAUACAACCAAUUAGGCGAAAUAGGAGAUCUGGAGGAAACAAUUGAGUUGCAUCGUGCUAUCCUGGAACUUUGCCCUGACGGUCAUCCUGAUCGUUCCGCAUCUCUGAUAGAUCUCGCAGCUUCUCUUCGAAUUCGAUUUGCACGGUAUGAACGGAUAAGGGACCUCGAUGAGGCCAUCGAGCAUCAUCGCGCUGCACUAGAAGUCUGCCCCAAUGGCCAUCCCAACCGUUCCAAGUCUCUCUCGAGCCUUGCACUUGCUCUUCGAACUCGAUUUGACCAGUGUGAACAGACUGCAGACCUUGAUGAGAUCAUCAAGCAUCAGCGUGCUGCACUGGAUCUGUGUCCCAAUGGUCAUCCCGAGCGUUCUGUAGCUCUGGGUAACCUUGCAGCUUCCCUUCAAACUCUAUUUUCACAUCAGGGCCAGAUUGCAGACCUUCACGAGGCUAUUGAGCAUCAUCACGCUACUUUGGAAUCUCUACCCAUUGGCGAUCCCAAUCAUUCUAUUGUCCUGGACAACCUUGGAGGUGCCUUUCGAAUGCGAUUUGAACGGUGCAGGCAGAGUGCAGAUCUCGAUGAGGCCAUCAAGCAUCAUUGCGCUGCCCUGGAGUGUCUACCCAAUAGCCAUCCUCAUCGAUCCGUGUCUUUGAGAAACCUUGGGAACUCCCUUAAGAUUCGAUUUGAACAGCAUGGACAGAUCGCAGACCUUGACAAGGCCAUCGAGCACCAUCAUGCUGCUCUGGAACUUUACCCGAAUGGUCAUCCCGAUCGUUCCAUGUCUCUAGAGAGCCUUGCAAAUUCCCUUCUAGCUCGAUUUAAGCAACAAGGACGAUCCAAAGACCUUAACGAGGCCGUCGAGUAUUAUCGUACUGCCCUGGAAAUGUACCCCAAUGGUCAUCCCAAGCGUCUCGUGCCGCUGACUAAUCUCGCAGAUUCCCUUCGAAAUCGAUUUGAGCAUCAUGGGCAAACUGCAGACCUUGAUGAAGCUAUUGGGCAUCUUCGCACUGCUCUGGAAUCCAACCUUGGUGGCCAUCCCAAUUGUUACUCAUCUCUGAAUAUUCUUGCAAUUUGCCUUGCUAUUCGAUUCGAACAGCACGGUCACAUUGCAGACCUUGAUGAGGCUAUCGAGCAUCAUCGCGCUGCUCUGGAGCUUCGACCUAUUGGCCAUUACGAGCGUUUCUUGUCUCUGAGUAAUUUGGCAAAUUCUCUUCGAAUUCGAUUUAAACAGUGUGGUCAGACGGCAGAUCUCGAUGAGGCUGUUGAACAUCUUCGUGAUGCUUUGGAAAUUUGCCCUCAUGACAAUCCCGAUCGCUUUAUGCUUCUGAUUAAUCUUGCGGUUUCCCUUCAAUUUCGAUUUAAACAACAUGGACAGGCCGUAGACCUUGAUGAGGCCAUUGAGUUCCAUCGCGCUGCUCUGGAACUUUGCCCUGCCGGCCACCCUAACUCUCACACGGCUCUGAAUAAUCUCGCGGGUUCCCUUCAAAUUCGAUUUGAACAGUAUGGACAGACUGCAGACCUUGACGAAGCCAUCGAGUACCACCGUGCUGGUCUGGAAUUUUGCCCGAAUGGCCAUCGCAAGCGUCCUAUGACUCUGGGGAAUCUUGGCGGUUGCCUUCAAGUUCGAUUUAAUCAUCAUAGACGGACCGCUGACCUUGAUGAGGCCAUAGAGCAUCAACGUGCUGCUCUGGAGCUUCGACCUGGUGGCCAUCCUGAUCGUUAUAUGUCCCUUGAUAAUCUUGCAACUUCCCUGCAAGCUCGAUUUGAAGAGUAUGGACAGAUUGCAGACCACGAUGCAGCCAUCGAGUUUAAUCGUUCUGCUCUGGAACUUUGUCCUGACGGUCAUCCGGAGCAUUCCGCAGCACUGUACAACAUGGCUUCUUUGUUGUUCAAGAAGUUCAAGAAGUUCGGGCACAUGGACGAAUUUGAUGAAUGCAUACAAUUGCUGGAAUGUGCUACCGAGCAUGAAUUCUCCAGUACGGUAAUGCGUCUCAAAUCUGCUAGACAAUGGGCUGAGUAUGCUCGAAGUAAUGCUCAUCAUACCACGUCCAGAGCCUACAAGGCGGCAAUAAUGCUUUUGCAACACGCUCUCAUUGUUAGUCCCACUCUUCACGCACAGCACGACUUCCUCAGUCAGAAAAACGACUAUAGCACGCUCACAUUAGACGCAGUUGCCUAUUCUGUCGACAGAAAUAUGCUUGAAGGGGCUAUUGAAAUACUUGAACAAGGAAGAGGUUUACUCUGGUCGCAGAUGCGUGGUUUUAGGACACCUCUAGAUCAGCUGGAGGAAACAAACAGAGAGCUUGCUGACAGAGAAAGGAAAUUAUUUGAGGAGAGGUUAAAGUUGAAGAAACAGCUCUCUAGCAAGCAGGAAGAUAUUCUCUACGAGAUACGACGAAUACCUGGGUUUGAGAGCUUUCUCGCAGUUACACCGUUUAGAGCACUCCAGCAGGUGGCUUCAGAAGGACCAAUCAUUGUGGUUAAUCAUAGCGAAUAUCGAUCCGAUGUGCUCAUUAUUCUUUCUUGCGAAGCUCGGCCGGUCGUCUGUGUUCCAUUAGAUGGAGAGUUCUACCACGACAGCACUAAGUUGUACUAUGGGCUCUUGUUAGCGAGAGUGAAAUUUACUGCUGACUCGCCCGAAUUUGAUGAGAAGCUCGUCGAAGCAAUGAAGAUGCUGUGGGAUAGGGUUGUCUCCAAAGUUGUCGACAAAUUAAAUGAGCUUGGGAUUGCCGAAGGAUCGCGCAUUUGGUGGUGUCCCACGUCUUUGUUAUCUGCACUUCCCUUCCACGCCGCGGGUCCAUUCGAGGAUACGGACGGCACUACAAAACAUUUAUUGGACAAAUACAUUGUGUCUUAUACACCGACACUCGGAGCACUCAUUAAUGCGCAAAUAGAUGGGGACGGAGGAGUAGAGCCAACAGUUCUGGUCAUUGGGGAUACCUCUCUUCGAUCAGCCAAAGGGGAAAUCCGCAACAUCAAGAAUUGUGGAAUGAGUACCAAAUUACUCCUCAAGAAGGCGUCUCAUGAUGCAGUUAGCCAAGCACUUCGGAAAACAACUUGGGUCCACUUUGUCUGCCACGGAAACAUAGAUUCACAGCCUUUCAGUUCUUUCUUCAAGCUGCCCUGCUGCAAGGAGGGCUGCAGGAAGGACCAUGGGCAGGACUACAGGCUGACAUUACUUGAUAUUGUUCAAGCUAAUGCUCCGAAUGCAGAGUUCGCAUUCCUUUCUGCCUGCCACACUGCCGAACAGUCUUACAAAGUUGUACAGGAUGAAGUCCUCCAUCUGGCUGCUGCAAUGCAGUUCACUGGUUUUCGAAGUGUGAUUGGAUCGAUGUGGGAGCUACUUGAUGCGGAUGGGCCAUUUUUCGCCAAAACGGUUUAUGAGUACAUGUGCGACUGUGACGAGGCCAAGUCAAGGUACAAGCGGGCAGCUGCUGGACUUCGUAAAGCAGCUAUAGAACUUAAAGAACGACCGGGCAUUCGGACUGAGAGAUGGGUCAACUUGGUUCAUAUAGGUGCUUGA